AGAGCUCUUUCUGAUCUCCUCUGGCUGUCUUGCGGUACCGAAACGUACCCCCUGCUAACAACCUCGAGGAUCAUCCCCGCACCACUGACCGCCCAGCAAUAGUCGUUACUCGUGACGAAAUCUGUGAAGAAGAGGAACUGAAGGCUAUAAGGCGGGCCCCUGAAGACAGACGGGACCAGUGCUAUCGUGGUUACACAGCGAAAGACAACAGAGUGAAGUCCUUUCAUCAGUAAGAUGGCAAUCACGUUUGUUCAACGAUCCUUAAUUAUCUUCGCCGUUCUCCUGUGCUACUAUUAUGCCUGGGUUGGCGCAGUUAAUUGCGAACAAGAACCGUAUCACCCGUCGUGCCGAGGUUCACAGGCGAGGAAGCGUCUGGUACCAUUGCCUGUCAUGCGCGCUAUAAAUUGUGAAGAAGGAGACUGCAGGUUCCCCAAGAUAAUCCCCAAAUUCUUGAUCGCAAUCGUCGAAGAAACUCCCAGUGAAGUUCAUAACCCUGAAUCCAACGCUAUCCAUUCGCGCAAGGGCAGGAUGCGGGCGGAGGAAUCGAAGGAUGUGUAUUUAGAUGACUAUUGAUUCAAGGAUUACUGAAUUAUGUCGACGCGAUUCGCACAGAGAUGACUGGCCGAUCGACAACUUUUCAGACUCGUCCGUUCGAUUGACUUUUAUUAUAUUAUCCGGCUUAAUUCCGCCGUGUUUUUCCUGAUAUAUUGUCUAUUCUCUUUUUUGUCAUUUUCUUGCAAAUCUGACAGCGAUAAUAAAAUACGUGCGUGCACGCAUGUUAGCACUUUGACUUUUCGAUAAUAAACACUUCAAUCGCACAAUGGCAGAGCCCAAUUCACUGUCUCAAUCUUGUAGAAAAGUAAUUAUAACAUUCGCACGCAAAAUAAUUACGACAUCUCUCGCGUUCAAUCCUUUAAACACCCCGUUGUAAUCUUAUAUGUGGCGUAGAAAAAUGAACGCUUUAAAUAGUA